AUGGUCCUCAAAAUGCUUGGAGCCGCCGUCAACACGCUGCUUCCUCCAAAGUACUACGUGCAUGCGUGUUUGUCUGUCCUCUUGAUCGUUGUCGUUCACGCCCUUGCCCAAGGGCGUCGCACGAACCGCGAGCGCGACAUGCACGCUCGGGUCGUCCUGGUCACCGGUGGUUUCACGCCUCUUGGAUUGACCCUACUGCAGAAUCUCGCCGAACGGGGAGCGCAUAUCAUCGCCCUCGCUCCAAAACCCAUCGACGACCCGGAAAUAGAGAUCCUCAUAUCACUGCUGCGUUCGACGACCAACAACGAACAAGUGUACGCAGAAGAGUGUGAUCUUACCUCUCCGACCUCGAUUCGCUCAUUUUGCACUCGGUUCCUAACAGGAAAGGAGAAUAGAAUAGACGCGAUCGUAUUUGCGCACGAAUACCCGCAUAUUGGAUCGUUUUUAGCCUUCGAAGACCCUGUCAAACUUGGGAAGCGUCGACAAGAGGCGUCUUUGGCCACUUUUUUGAUUCUGACCCUCUUACUCCCAGUCCUGUUGGUUGCUCCUGCCGAGCGGGACAUCCGUAUCAUUAAUGUAGUGAAUCCGUUCUAUUCUGCUGCUGCAGUAACGUAUUCACCCUCCCAAGUACCCCCCGCGGCAUCGUCGAUAUUUCAGCAGGAGGGACGGAGGUCCCUCCAAACGAUUAUCUUCACGCGUCACUUGCAGCGUGUACUGGAUGCUCUGCCUUCGGGAGGACCACCGCCUGGAACGGAUGGACACACUGUUCAUGUUGUCAGCGGAAAGGUGCAAAAAUCUAACAUCGUCGCCGUGUCCGUGUGCCCCGGUAUCAGCCGUUCAGAUAUUAUUGCUCCCUUGUUCAAUGCCGACGGCUUUCGGCGUCGGUCAACUGGCGGAUUGAUAUUGUACCUCGUGCUCCAGCCCCUACUGCGCAUAUUGACAAAGUCAUCCACCUCUGCAGUGCAAUCUGUCCUACAUGUACUCUUCUUACCAACGCCGUUCAAGGGAAUUGCUCAAUCAUCUAGUGCUGGCACUCGAACCUCCGGUGGUGACACCGUGCAAGAGGUCUUGAAGGCCGGGGCGCUGUAUCGAGAGUGCGCAGUUGUCAAUAUCCGGAUACCCGUCCUGGAAAAUGCGUCGCCUAGCAGCGAUCAAGGGGACCCUAAGGAUACUGUGAUGGUUGACGAUCGGGAACUCGGUGGUGUCCACCUUGGUCAGGCAGUGUGGGAGGUUUUUGAGGCGGACUUAAAGGAAUGGGAGAAGCAGUCUGUGCCUUCCUCUGAGAAGCAAGGUACAGACAACGACAAACCCUCAGUAGAUACCCCAGACAACUAGUGCGCCAUUCUUUGUCGCUCAAGCUAGGGUAUCAGUGAUCCAAUCGCCUUUGCAGGUUUACAUACUUCAACCUCGCACAGUACUUGGUAGCUAGGAUUUUCGUGCACGGCACUCUGUAGCUAAGUCACGUU